AUGCUGCGUUUCUCGACGGAAGAGGUUCUGGAGUUGGGGGGUUCAGGUGUCUGCGUAGGAUUUGUUCUUCUUGAGGUGACGCUGUCGGUGGCUGGAACUGAAAGCGAGCCGACAGCACAUCUUGCCUCGGAUCUGGGCCUCGCCUGGGCGACGAUCGCAGUGUCAAGGCUGCUGGCCACGCAGCUUAGAAAAGUAGCACGGGUCGGGCCUUGUGAAGCCGCCUUAGAAGGAAUGCCUCGGAAGUGCCCACGAGAUGGGAUCCUGUUAGGCCAUCCUGGGCUGUUGCUGAAGCGUCCCUUUAGCAUAUGUGACGCUGCUGAUACGUCGGCACGCGGCAGCGUGGUCAGUAAAAUGCAAAAGUUCGAAAGCAGCUGGGUAUUCUGGCGUCAGAAGCAUUACCGGGGCGAGAAGAAGUCCAGGUUUCGGCCGUAG